GGCUCAGGGUCUAUCCACGUGGUGCCAAGACUGCUUUGCGGUUCCAGCUGCCCAGUGGCCCUGUGGGGGCCAGCUGCUGCCAGUGCUCUGUCCACUGGGCCAGGAUCCCCCACACCUGCUGGGCUGUGGCCUGUUCCCGGAGGCAACAGGGCCGUGGCCACAUUGGGGACCCCCUGCUCCCCACCCGUGGUCCCGGGGCUCAGAGAGGACUCAGCCUCCCCAGCAUGCGCCUGCAUCCCGGGCCUGGGGUCCACGCCCGGAGUGACUGUGUCUGGGCUGAGGGUUGAGGGGUCCCCAGGGAGGGCAGGUGGGACAUCAGGACACCUCCCAGACUCCAGAGAGGGCUCGACACCCCAAGAUGAGCGACAAGUCACAGGCUACAUGCCGGCCCCUGCCCCUGACCCGCCCUCUGCAGCCGGCGCCAUGGAGUGUCACCGGUGCAAGGGCUUUGGAAGCUGCCACCACCGGGCCAAGUGCCCCCCCAACUCGGACCACUGUGUCACCAUUGCCACCCGAGUCACCGCCGUUGUCCCUGACCUGCCUCUGGUGUUGAAGAAGUGCUCCCGGGGCUGCCCCGAGCCAGCCAGCCUGGGCCUUGGCCCACAUGUGUCUGUCUCCUGCUGCCAGGCCAGUGUCUGCAACCAGGCCUGA